AUGGCAGAAACGAGUGCGCGACUCUAUGUGGGCAAUUUGCCUUACGUCGCCCAGAAAAGUGACGUGGAAAACUUCUUUUCGCAAAACAAUGUCGCCAUAAAGAAGAUUGACAUCUCCACCGAUCCUUUCACCGGACGCAAUCCGAGCUACUGCUUUGUCGAUUUCCACAGCGAGGAGGAAGCCGCCCACGCGAUGGAAAACCUCCAAGGCCAAGAAAUCCGAGGCCGCCCGGUUCGCAUCAACCCCAAGACGGAAAGGAGCUCUUUCAAGGAGCGUCUCCCGACCAAGGUCUGGGAUCGCAACUGGACGCGGAGGGAGGUGCCUUCGAGAGAUGUAGAUGAUGCCUCGUAUGCUUAUGAUCGUUGGAAUCGGGACGACGCUCACACUCAUUGGAGCGCGCCAGAAAACGAGAAGCGACGAAUCUGGGUGGGAGGCCUACCAAGGAUUCCCAAUCAGGAUUCCCUCAAUGCUGAGAUGCGCGAAUUGUUCCAGGGGUACAAUGUCCAGGCAGUCAGCAAACUCAUCUCUCCACACGCCUCCAAAGAAUCUAUCCCAGGAUCGCACCACUUUUGCUUCGUCGACAUGUCGAAUGCGCUGGAGACCCAGGAGGCCAUAGAAGCUCUCAACGGCAAGGAAAAUCCCUACGGUGCCAAAUACAUCGUCCGUCUGUCGCAGCGCCGAGCACCCAACCAGACAACCAAGGUUGAAAGAGAGCAGCUCAACGAUACCUCGCGCAUCUUCAGAAAGCCGCAAGGUCCGCCGAGGGACUUCGGAGGCAGCUGGAGACGUGCAGAGUGA